AUGACAAACGUGUGGUCAGCAGAUAGCGGAAUGGAAGUGGAGGACGUCUGGGACGAUACAGAUCUCAUCAGAAUGUACGAGCAAUCAAUUCAGGAGGUUCAUCAGCAAGUUAGUGGAGUGAAGGAGAAGAAAUACACAGGAGAAGAUGGAAAAACGUAUUUAUGGAAAGUCGGCGGAAACUGUAUGGCGCCAUUCGAGGAGAACGGCGAGACGAGCUACUACGCGGCGACGAUCGAUUCGAUCGGUGGGAAAGAUGAUCACGAAGUUCAAGUGACAUUUUUGUAUUAUGGAAACCAGACGACCGCCCAUAUGAAGGAUUUGUGGCUGAACGAGGAGGCGAUCGCAGAGGCUGUCGCGUCGGAGAAGAAACAGCAGAAAGUUGGGAAAAAAGUGAAAAACGAGCAAGGCACUAACUCCUCCACACCAAUCCCAAAGAUGGCGCCGCCCAUCCCUCCGAAUAUUCUAGCAAUGGCGCCUGCCGAUAAGCAGGAGGCGUUGAGUAGUAUGCUGAUGAGCUGGUAUAUGAGUGGAUAUCAUACUGGAUACUAUCAAGCGAUGUCGGAUCUUGAGGAGCAAGGAGAGAGCUCCGAUGAUUGA